CAUUCAGUGAUGCGUAAGAAGAGAGAGAAGGAAACGAAAAAGGCGACCGAUUCAGCUCGAUCAAUUCCUAAUUCAACGCGACGUCGAAGAAGAGAGGUGUGGGUGGGAUUGGUGGUACCUGCGCCGCCGGAUUAAAACGGCGCCCGCCAGAGGCCAACGCGGCUGCCGCCUCUCGUAGCUCGCGCAGAGGCCAGGCUUCUCGAUCUUGAUCUUCUCGAGGGAUCUUCCCUUGGAACGUCUUAUUACCGCCUACAUUGCUGUUAUGGGCCUGACGACUGUGUAUAAUAUUUGUAAGAAAAGGCGCAGACCCUGAUAAAGGUUGAACUCACAGAGUUGAUAUAAGUUGGGAAGUUCUAGCUAUGAGUUUAUUUAGUGGUUGCUUCUGUGGUUAGUGUUCAUUAAGAGAUGCCGGUGCCGCCGCUGCCAACUUUGCAGCUGCACCCUCAGCCAACGUCAUCACUACCAGGCACAAAGAACUCUUGGAUCGACCUUGAUGAUCUGAAAUCUCAGAUAUUGAAGCGCCUCGGUCAGGAUCGUUCACACAUAUACUUCAGGUUUUUGAAUGGUUUCUUGUCACAGAAGCUGAGCAAGAGAGAGUUCAACAAAAUAUGUAUUGCGUUACUCGGUAGUGAGAAUAUCCCCUUCCACAACCAUCUCAUUCGUGCAAUCCUUCAGAAUGCUACCCAAGCAAAGACACCUCCACCACUUGAUUGCGGCAAGUUUGCACAAAAGCCAACUGAGGAUGUACCAAAGAAAUCACUUCAAGUAGAUGAUGGUUCAAAAGCUCCGUCAGCAGUGCCUCAAACUUGGUCUAAUGGGGAUAUAUUGCCACCAUCACCCUGCAAAUCCAGGACUGGCAUUGAUAGUUGCAGGACAAAAGACUGGCCCAGCUCCCUUGGAGCAAGUCCAAGAUCAGAUAUUGUUGCGCAUCAGCCUUCCAUACCACGUGCUGAGACUGUUUCCACUGAAAAUGGUCAAUUGUAUUUGUUAAAGAGACCAUUGCAGCAACAGCAUGUUAAUUCUUACCCGCCAACAGUAAAGAGGAGGAGAGAGGGAACACCUCUGCUUGAUGUGAGUACUGUACAUAGCAAUCCUCAUGCAGAAGCAACAUCCAUAGGAGAUGAGGAGGACAUCGAUCAUUCAAGUUAUUUGGAUCCCUUCAGAGGCCCUCUUCAGGCUCCACUUGGGAUUCCUUUUUGUGCUGCAAGUGUUGGUGGGGCACGAAAGACAUUUUUGUCAGCAGGUACUUCUACCAGUGACAGUUAUUGGAGAAAUCAUAAUGCUGGCGAACUAUGCCAUACUGAGGUUUUGAAGGCAACAAUGUCAAAGAUUGCUGAAGCACAGGGCUUGGAAGAUGUAAAAUUGGAAUCAGCUCACGUGCUGAAUCAUGCUCUUGAUGCUUAUUUGAAGCGACUUAUUAGGUCAUGCAUCAAGUUGAGAGUGGGUAGAGAACAUGCAAUAGCGAAGCAGUCAAGUCCUAGUCUUCAACAUUGUACAAAGCACAUAAAUGGUAUUUGGCCAAGAAACAACAUCCAUGUGCGAGGUAAUGUUGGAAUUGUGGAAGAUACGUGUGCGAUUAGUAUGAACAACUUAAAGGUAGCAAUGGAACUAAAUCCACAGCAACUUGGGGAGAACUGGCCUCUGCUUCUCGAGAAAAUUUGUUUUUGCUCAUUUGAGGAAUAGAAGUCAGGUCCAAUUUUCUGUUUUCCAGAAACUUUGGCACUUUGGUGUCCUUAAACUUUUAGGACUUCUAGGUGGGUAGGCGAUGAGCAGAUACAAGCUGUUUGGCCAAAAAUUACUCUUUUUUCUUUCAGCGUUGAAGAAAAAUUCCAGAUUCUGAUUUGCAUCCUUAAGGAGGUCCCUUUCUGACAUCCAUAAAUCAAAUCCUCAUGUGACCUCAUAGAAGUCUUCAAAUGAACUUUGCAGAAGCAUUCCCUCGUUUAUCUUCCCAAUCAUCUUCUGCAAGCUUACAUGUUGCAGUUAUACUUCAUCAUUUGCUAUUGGACAAUUUGGAUCGGGGAUGAAACUUCCAUCAUAUCAUGAAGUGAGGGUUAAGUAUUUGAAGAAGGAGUUGGCAAAUACGAACUCGCUUCUCAAAUCCCAUGAAGAAGAUCAUGCUAAGUUUGGGUGCACAAUCAUGGCAGAUGGAUGGACCGAUAAAAAGGAUAGGACUCUUAUAAAUUUUUUGGUGAAUGGUCCUAAAGGAAGUGUAUUUGUCGAAUCAGUUGAUGCUUCAGGCUAUUCUCACACAGCGGACAAGAUGUUUGAGUUACUCUCUAAAUUUGUGUAUCGCAUUGGAGAAAAAAAUGGUUCAAAUUGUAACAGAUAAUGCAAGCUGCAAUGUCAGUGCAGGUCGUCUUUUGGAAAACCGAUUUCCACACUUGUACUAGACACCCUGUGCAGCUCAUUGUUUAGAUUUGUUGCUCGAGGAUAUAUUCAAAAUUCCUCAUCUCAGAAAAUUGCAUGAACGAGCGUUGAUGGUUAAUGGUUAUAUUUACAACAGACCACAAGUAUUGAGCAUGAUGAGAGAGUUUACUGGACAGAGAGACAUGAGUACAAAGCUGUUAUGGAAGGAGCAGUUCAGGAUGGGUGUUGGGCGUGGCUAACUAGGCACUCUGCUCCUCUAAUGGGAGGAAGCGCCAAUCGGAGGACCCUGGGAGAGAAAAGAUAAAUAUCUUUGUUGAUUCUUCCUGGUGUUCCAACAAAUCUCAAAGCGAUGCUUAUGGUUUUGUUUUCAACAAAAUGAAGCCACCAAUUUAGCUCCACGAUAGUCUUAUCUCCUUUAUUUGGAGUCUUAUUGGCAAUCAAAGAAGUUUUUUCUGGAGCUAGGAAUCUGGAUUCCAGACUUCAAAUUUUGGAUGUUGUGGUGAGAUGGCAAGGACAGUUUGGAAUUUGCUUUGCUAGCAUGUAAAAAAUUUCAAAAAGGUUGGGAUAAAGGAGCCAACUCCAUCAAGAUAGCGCACUAGAAGAAUGGCAUAAAGGCACUUGUGCCCUUGCCCUGCAGCACUCCUAAGUGGUGAACAACUCCGACCUCAAAAUACUGGCUCACUUCUGAAAAGAUGUUAUGAAUGUGAGGUACUGGUAAAAUAUGAUUAUGCCAAUCAAUACAACUUUUUUCUGUUAUAAAAAAAAUAUAAUUUCUGAAAAAUUACAUACAUUAUUUACUUUUCCUUCAUUGAACCGUGCAAAAAACAAACAAAAAAAGGUUUCUAGUUCUACAAUUAUAUGCGUUCAUUACUCCUGUAAGGUUAUGUUGGUUAUCAAUCGAGUCUAAUAAUAUGGUUAAUCUUUUGCUAUCAUAUUUUUAUGCAGGAUUUCAAUUUCCCCCCCUUUUAUAUUACUUUUUUUUCUCCAUUAAUUCCAAUGUCGUAGAGUUGCUAUAAUUUAUUAUUUUUUUCAAUGGUUUCUAGACAAAAUCAGUCACUCUUCUUCAAUGUAACUACAACUAGACGAUUUGUCUUUUUCCACACGCAUCAUUCAGAUUGGACAGAGAUUGGAAAUCACACUAGUGCACCUUGUCAUUUAUUGCAGACAUGAUAAGGUUACGAUUUUUUUUUUUUAACAUCUUUUAAAAGAGCAUCUCUAAAGAUACCUUGUACAGAGAAAAGAUAACCUUUUACAUUUCUUUGGCAAAUUAUAUGACUUAAUGACGAGGAUAAUAAUUAAUGCCACAGGCGAUGUGCCAUCACCGCCAAUCAAUUAUGUUAUUGUCCUAAGUGGAGACCACAAAGCGUGCAGUAUCAUGUGAGCUCAACUCGAUCCCGAGCUUUAUUUAGUGGUUAAAUCGUGCCAUUUCUUCUUCAGUCUCUCUACUUUUACUAGUCCUUUAGAAAUUAGCCAAUUGUAAUAACUUUUAAGCACCUAUAAUCAUAUUGCAAGAUUUUUUUUUAAAAAAAAACAAAGGCACUGUUUGAGCAAUGGAUUAGUUGGAGAACUUUUCUCCCAAUUAUGGAGACAACCUUUGCUCGUAAUUAUUGUAAACUGAUUUGUACGUUAACUAUUCUUGAUUGCUGGUCGAUUGUAGUGUGCAAUACUCAAACUAUUUAAUAGAUAUAUGCAUGAGAAACAGAAGGAUUAUGGAGACAUUUUAAGCUGUAAUCAACAUAAAUACAGGGUCAGAUAAGAUUGUGAUCUAUGCAAAAAAUGACUUCAAACAUGACCAAAACAUCUAAGUGUUUAAGAUCCAUGGCUGUUGUCUUGUUUUAGUCCAACACUCUGAGAAAAAGGUAGAUAAAUACUGAGGAAAUCACAGUGUAGAUGGGUAGUUUUAAAGGCCAUGGACUCAGUCGGUGAGCUGAUCCGAAUAUAAAGCACAAACUCUCCCUUCUCUUGCAUCUUGCAGGUCAAGAAGACCAAACUUGUAGUCCUCCUGGUCAUCCUCUGACGGAUCCAAUUGAUGACAACAGAGUCAUCGAGAUCAAACUAAAGAGGCGGCGGCGGGAGCAGCAGCGGGGGCUGAGAGGCUGUGGAGAUGAGAGACAAGGUUAGCCUUCAUGGUGGAGAAGAUGUUGAAGUGGGAAAGAAU